AUGUGUCUUGGCGGGAAAGGCACGCGCAGCAUCUUAGGGACCUGUGUGAAUGGCAUCGCCAUGGAAGGACUUAUGUUCCAAAGAGUCAGGGGCCGGCGGAGAAAGAGUCUUUUUGCGUGUGCCGAGCUUGAGGCGCUUUUCCACCAGUACAACCUACGACUUGAGCAAGCGGCCACGCUUAAAGCGCUUCUGGUGCUCAUCCUAGCCGCGUCAGCGCUCGCCCUGGCGGAGCUUCUGUCCGGGGGAGCGAGCCUCACGGUGUCCAAGGGAUCGCAUGCGGUCCACUGUGUUGUGUUCGCCUCGCUCUUCAUCGUGGCCAACGUGCGCGAGCUGCAGGCGACUCAGCUGCAGCAGAUUGCCAGGCUCGCGCUGCUCUUCAGCUUCACGUUCGCGCUUCUCUGCUGCCCGCUGCCUCUGACGCUCGAACUGGUUCAAUCUCACGGAGGACAAGAGGGCUUUGCUUCCCCGGCACCUGACCAGGGUAUCUGGCAGCUUAUGUUGGUGACAUUCGUAGCUUAUUCGUUACUUCCUGUUCGCGUGUUGUUCGCGCUCCUGUUCGGGAUAGCUUUGGCACUGGCCCACCUCACCGUGACAGCAUCCUCGCUACCGGGACAGAGGCAACUGUGGAGACCGGUUUUGGUGAACAUGUUGCUCUUGGCUGUGGUGAACCUCAGUUGUGUGUUUGUACGUGUGCGGACAGAGCAUGCUCAGAGAAAGGCUUUCUUGCAAGCCAGAGAUUGCAUCCAACAGAGACUCACACUGGAAGAUGAAAAUGAGAAACAGGAACGCCUCCUCAUGAGUUUAUUGCCAAGAAAUGUCGCCAUGGAGAUGAAGGAGGACUUUCUGGCUCCACCUGAUAGAAUCUUCCACAAGAUUUACAUCCAGCGCCAUGACAACGUUAGCAUCUUGUUUGCUGAUAUUGUUGGAUUCACAGGGUUGUCCUCCCAGUGCACAGCUCAAGAACUCGUUAAACUCCUCAAUGAACUCUUUGGCAAAUUUGAUGAGCUUGCAACUGAGAACCACUGUAGGAGGAUUAAGAUUCUGGGAGAUUGCUACUACUGUGUCAGCGGCUUGACCCAGCCAAAAGCCGACCAUGCCCAUUGCUGCGUGGAGAUGGGCCUGGACAUGAUAGACACCAUCACGUCAGUUGCUGAGGCGACAGAGGUAGACCUGAACAUGCGUGUGGGAUUGCACACGGGCAGAGUGCUGUGUGGAGUUCUGGGGUUGAGGAAGUGGCAGUAUGACGUCUGGUCCAACGACGUCACGCUGGCCAACGUGAUGGAGGCUGGUGGGCUGCCAGGUAAGGUGCACAUCACACAUGCGACUCUGGAGUGUUUGAAUGGGGAUUACGAGGUGGAGCCGGGCCUGGGCCACGAGAGGCACGCCUACCUGAGCAAGCACGCCAUACAGACCUUCUUCAUCGUGCCCUCGCACCGACGCAAGAUUUUCCCGGGGCUCAUCCUGUCAGACAUUAAGCCGGCCAAGCGCAUGCGUUUCAAGACCGUCUGCUGUCUGCUGGUGCAACUCAUGCACUGCAGGAAGAUGUUUAAGGCUGAGAUCCCCUUCUCCAACGUGCUCACCUGUGAAGACGACGAUAAGAGACGUGCCCUGAGGACUGAGAAAGUGCGCAGCCGGACGUCAUUUUCCGUGGGCGUGGUGCAGAACUCUCCGGAAACGCGCGUGAACCGGUACAUCAGCCGGCUGAUUGAGGCCCGUGAGACGGACACGCACACACACCUGCACUACGUCACACUCGCCUACAAGGACAAGAACAGAGAGCAAGGAUACCAGAAAGUGUGUGAUGAUCAUUUCAUCAGUGCCGUGGUCCUCUCUCUGGUCCUCUCCACUCUGUUUGGCCUCAUCUACCUUCUCAUUAUCCCAGGGCUGCUGGUUGUGUUGGUGCUGCUGGUUCUGAGCAUCUGCUUCCACUCGUCCUGCGUCAUGUACCUCCACAUCACACACAUACAGUGUGCUCCAGGAUGUCUCACUCUGCGCAUUCGCACCGUUCUGUGUGUGUUUCUGGCGCUGCUCACCUUCUCCAUGACGCAGAGCUGUGUGGCCAGCAGUCUGCCGUGGUCGUGGGACGCCAACUCCAGCGCCUCUUUGUUGACGGUGGUGGUCGGGAACGCCACACACAUGUGCGGAGUGUGUGAGCGAGUCCAGUACGCGCUGCUGUCGUGUGUGUGCGCUCCGCUCAGCGUCAUGCUCUUCCUGCGCGUGUCGUCACUUCCCAAGAUCCUCCUGAUCUUGCUCCUUGGGACCCUCUACCUGGUGGUCAUGGAAACCAGCAGCUAUCGUCAGGCCAUUGGGGGUUUGUUACAGGGCCGUGGCUUUGAUGCUCUGCUGGCAAUGCUGUUGUUUUUUGGAGCUCUGGCCCUCCACUGCCGACAGCUGGACCUUAAACUACGACUGGACUACCUCUGGGCUACACAGGCGGAGGAGGAAAGGGACGACAUGGAGAAGGUGAAGCUGGACAACAAGAGGAUCCUGUUCAACCUCUUACCUGCUCACGUCGCCCAGCACUUCCUGCUCUCCAACCCCCGGAACAUGGACCUGUACUACCAGUCCUAUGCCCAGGUCGGGGUGCUGUUUGCCUCCAUCCCCAACUUCAAUGACUUCUACAUGGAGCUGGAUGGCAACAACAUGGGUGUGGAGUGCCUACGCCUCCUCAAUGAGAUCAUCGCUGACUUUGAUGAGCUCAUGGACAAAGAGUGCUACAGGGAGAUCGAGAAGAUAAAGACCAUCGGCAGCACCUACAUGGCAGCAGUGGGGCUGGUGCCCACCACAGACUCACAGGUGAAGAAAAGCAUCUCAGAUCAUCUGUGUAUGGUGGCUGACUUCGCCAUGGAGAUGUUUGAUGUGCUGGAGGCCAUAAACUACCAGUCCUACAAUGAGUUUGUUCUUCGAGUAGGAAUUAAUGUUGGGCCAGUGGUUGCCGGGGUGAUUGGGGCUAGGCGUCCCCAGUAUGACAUCUGGGGAAACACAGUGAAUGUGGCCAGCCGAAUGGACACCACAGGACUACCGGGCAAAGUACAGGUGACGGAGGAUGUGUUUCGGCUGCUGCGGGGCCACUACGAGUUCAUGUGCCGGGGCAAGGUCACAGUGAAGGGCAAAGGAGAAAUGCUCACCUACUUCCUGGAGGGGCGGGCUCAGAGCUGCAGGAGCGGAGCCAGGCCUCGUUCCCACGGCGACGAGCACGGCCUCAGUCCCUGCCAACACUUGAAUCUUCCGUAA